AUGAAGUUCUUCUCUCUUCUUCCCUUAGUUACUCCAGCCUUUUGUUGUCUCGAGAAAAGAGCGUCCGCUGCCGAUAUAACCGAAGGGCUUCGGCAGGAGUAUUACUUCACGGAUUACACGAACUACACGUCUUUCCCAGAUGAACAAAAAGCCAAUGUGACAAAGUAUCUGGCUGAGGCACGAGACCUGGCCCAGCAGGAUAUAUAUCCAUACUUCGCCCGCGACUGCAGCUCCCUACCCGUGUAUUCCGAAUCGGACAGACUCUCCCAGUCUAAUGGGUUCGUACCGGCGACUGAAGUAUUUUCUGGCCUUUAUUUUGUCGGCCAGGUAGCGUGGUCCUCCUGGGCAUAUGACACAGGCGACGGGCUCGUCAUAUUCGACACACUGGCUUCGGCAGAGGAGGCAGAGAACAUAAUAAUCCCCGGAAUCGAAAAGUUCGGCUACUCUGGAAAAGAUAUCAAGUAUGUGCUGAUCAGCCAUGAGCACUUUGACCACUACGGCGGCGCCAAGUAUCUCCAGGACAAGUACAAUGUCCCUAUUAUGGCUUCAGCAAAGGCCUGGGAGGCAAUGGCCGAGGAUGACCUGGGCCCUCGCAAGAACGAGAAAGCUCAGACUGUCAGCGACGGAGAUCGUCUGACACUGGGUAACCUGACUCUUACUUUCUACGAGACCCCUGGCCACACGGAGGGCACAAUCUCGUGGAUCUUCCCAGUCAAAGACCUCCAAAGCGGCGAGAGGUUUGUGGCAGCAUUAUACGGCGGCAUGGGCUUUUCGAAAACGGAAGAAAGCCUCACCCAGCAGGUGGCCUCGUUCGACCGGUUCAGCGGGUUGGCGGGUCAGCACAAUGUCGAGGUUCUCAUAGGGAACCAUCAAGGGAGAGACCGUAGCCUGUAUCACCUUGAUCUUUUGGCGCAUCGCGAGUGCGGCGACAGGGGAUGUAAUAUGGCCAACCCAUACGUGAUCGGUGCUGAUGCUUACAAGCGGUGGUGCAAGGUUCAAUCUCUCUGUAUCCGGGCCUAUGCAGCUAGAACGAAUAUGUACCUUAGACAGUAG